AUGGCAUACAAUCGUGAAUGGGACAGAGGGAAGCCGCCACCCACGGACGACGGCUCUACCUGGCAGCAUCAAGCUCCGAGAGGUUCGAGAGACGAUGACUAUUACGGAGAGGGAAAGCGAAGGAAGCACAACAACGGGGGAUACGAUGCAUCUUAUGUCUAUGACAAAGCAUACGAAGAAGGCGGGUACGAUCAAGGACACGGAGCUGCUCGUCAAGGCGACUACGUUCAAGAGCACGCGACGGAUGACCGCUAUCAACGAGGAGGCGGAGGCGGGUAUAACAAGAAACGCCUGAUACCCAGCGAACCAAGCCCGCACGUCAUCUUCUUAGGGCUGGAUCCCGACUUCACAGAGGCAGAUCUGCAAGCGUAUCUGUCCAGCAGCAAGUGCAGCGUCGAAUCGGUCACCAUAAUUCGAGACAGAACCACAGGCACUUGCCCCUUCGGAUUUGGAUUCGCCCAGUUCACAAGCGUGGAGCAUGCCCGUGCUUUCGUCGACCCGCUGUUCCCCUUCGUCCAGAUACCGCCCCCGGCGUCUCACGGCGCCACGGCGUCCACUGCCUUCUACAAGGCACUUGAAGCGGGGAAUCCUGCGCCGCCCGGCGGACGACGUGUCAAGAUCGACUACUCUCAGAGCGCCAGUCCCGGGGAGAAGCGCGCUCGUGGCCCGCAGUACGUCAAUGACGGCACUCGAGACAUCGGGAACACCCAAGCGUCUGUCCUCCUAUUCCGCGGUCUUGACCCGCUGUCUGGCCCUCAAGCCAUCGCCCAGGCUAUGAAGACGUCCGCCGGGCCUGGCAAGGAGGGCGCCAAGGGUAUGCGGAGAAUCGUUCUCGUAAAGGACAAGGUGACCAUGGCCAGCUGGGGCUUUGCAUUCGUAGAGUUUGUGGACGUGCAGUCUGCUUCUGCAGUCCUCGGCGCCACAAUGUCACCGCAGAUCCAUCCGUCUGGGUUCCGGAUAUCGGAUAGGCCUGUCGCUGCGUCGUUCGCGCACCCGUAUUCUUUCCAGCCGCUCCCCGACUAUUCACUACGGGAUGAAGCGUGCCUCAUGUCCUCCACCAGCCUAGGUGGCGUCGAGGGCACUUGGGUGAGGUACUGGGACGAAGCAUCGACUGCGGCAGUGCUUGAGUUUGAAGUCGAGGAGCCUGUCCAGUCGACGCCCACCCCUGCAAAGGAGAAGAAAGAGAAGAAGAAGGCGAAGGAAUCAGCGGCCUCGCCCGAUAAUAAGCCUGUGGAAGCAUCUACACUGCCCGUGUCGGACAAACCUGUCACUCUGAACUUCAAAGGUGGACUGCAGAACAAGCAGGCUACCGGGAAGGUUGCGCCCCUUUUCUCCAUGACAGAUGAAACGCCCGCAGAGGAGACGGAUGCCAACCCGGAUCAGGCGCAGAAUUCGUCUGAGGAUGUCAAAGUUUCAGCGGCGAAGAAAGUUGCCCCAUUAAUUGCAAGCAAGAAGGUCGUGAACAAUAUCAAUAAGUGGAACCAAGUACAAGAGGUACUGAGUCAUGUCACAAAUGCUGGUGGCGAACCCCCUGCUGUGCCUACAAGUGCUCCGCUAGUUAAGGCAAGGUCGGCGACACCGGUACCGGUGGUGGAUGAGUUCGAAUUCUCCGACACCAAUGCCAUGACGUGUCUGCUUUGCGCUAGGCAGUUCAAGUCCCUUGAACAGCUUAAGCGGCAUAAUAAGGAGUCGGAUCUCCACAAGGCAAGCAAGUGCGGCAUACUGUAUUCACGCAAAAACUACAAGGAUGCCACUCUGCGGGAAGUCGCUCGCUCCAAGGCCGUGGCUGUCCGGACGAAGUCCGAGCAACCUAAAUAUCGGGACCGCGCAUUGGAGCGGCGAGUGAUGCACAAUCAACCCGACAUUCCUAUGCCGACCGAAGGUGGCCAGGCUGUCGUUAAGAGGAAACAUGCCGAGGGGCCUCCUCGUCCUGCGCCGACACCGGCUCCGCCCGUUAACCCGGGGCAGGAUGAAAACAAUGUCGGCAACCGCCUUUUGAAGAUGAUGGGUUGGAAGGAGGGCACUGGACUAGGGACGGAGGGAGAAGGCCGCGUUGACCCUAUCCAGACCGCGAUUUAUGCACAGGGUGUCGGUCUAGGGGCGAGCAAAGGCAAGGAAAUCGGCAAGUACGCGGAGGGAUAUUCGGGUUAUGUCCACAUGGCCCAGGAUGCGGCUCGGGAGCGGUAUGGCAGCUGAAUGCGAGCCUGCAAGGCUGCACAGGCUUGCCUGUGUGUUGCCCGUCGUUUGGAUAGGCUCACUUGAUUAAAUUACUGUGUAGUUCAUGAACGAAUGUAUGUGGCUGU